GGACCUUUAUUUUGAUAUGAUGACGUGACGUCAUAAGUCUGCGCCGCGCUCCUGCGUUUGUUGUGAUUCUGCUGAAGAAAGGUGCAGGAGGAGAGGUCGGUUCGGUCUUGCUGUCUGUGAGACGUGGCUCUCUGUGUGCGCACCGAACACGGCAUGCAAGUACUCAAACAAUGUGUUCAGUCACACAGAAAAACUCCUGCUGAUGCAACUGAGAUCCACGUGACACACGAUUAUAAAGAUGGCGUUUAUUAAAGUGGAGAGUGAAGACAUGAAGAUUGAAGAAUCAUUCAGAGUUAAACAUGAAGAUACUGAGGAACAAACAAAGAUGGUGUUUAUUAAAGAUGAGAGUGAAGACAUGAAGAUUGAAGAAUCAUUCAGAGUCAAACAUGAAGAUACUGAGGAACAAAUAAAGAUGGUGUUUAUUAAAGAGGAGAGUGAAGACAUGAAGAUUGAAGAAUCAUUCAGAGUCGAACAUGAAGAUACUGAGACACAAACAGACCUGAUUCUGCUGAAAGAGGAGAGUCAAGAACUGCAUGAUGUAAAGGAAGACAAACAUCUGUAUGAGAAACAUCAUGAUUUCAAAACUGCGAACAAUAUUUUAGUUGCUCGGACUAAAAACGCUUCCUUGCAAAAAAGAGAGCAAACGACUAGAUCUAGAAGUUAUUUCACCUGCCAACAGUGUGGAAAGAGUUUCGCCAGAAAAGGAGGACUUAAAGUCCACAUGAGAAUUCACACUGGAGAGAAACCUUUCACCUGCCAACACUGUGGAAAAAGUUUUAUUGAAAAUGGAAACCUUACAAAACAUAUGAGCGUUCACACUGGAGAGAAGCCUUACACAUGCCUCGAGUGUGGAAAGUGUUUUAAACAUCAAGCAACCCUUAAUGCCCACAUGAGACUUCAUACUGGAGAGAAGCCUUACACGUGCCCUCAGUGUGGAAAGUGUUUUAAACAUCAAGGAACCCUUAAUGGCCACAUGAGAACUCACACUGGAGAGAAGCCAUUCACAUGUGAUCAGUGUGGAAAAAGGUUCAGAAGUAAAGUAAACCUUGAUUGCCACAUGAGGAUUCACUCAAGAGAAAACUGUUUUAAAUGUCGUCAGUGCAAAAGGAGUUUCACAGACAAGAAACACCUUAAGAAUCACGUAAUAACUCACAUCGGAGAAAAGCCUUUAAUCUGCCAUCACUGUGGAAAGAGCUGCACAAACAAAGGAAACCUUAAGGUUCACUUGAGAACUCACACUGGAGAGAAACCUUUCUCCUGCCAACAGUGUGGAAAGAGUUUCACAGCUAGAGGAAGCCUAAAGACUCACAUGAGGAUUCACACUGGAGAGAAACCAUUCACAUGUGAUCAGUGUGAAAUUAGUUUCACAUAUAUCACAGAGCUGAAGCGUCAUAUGCAAUCUCAUUCUGGGAAGAAAUUGCAGUGUUCCUCAGUGUGACGAGGUUUACAAAACUGAGCAAUUUCAAAUAUCACCUGUGCAUUAACUCUGGGUGGAGAAAAUCUUUUGUCAUCAUUUAAAAAAAAAAAACACCUGACAAGUCAUGCAGAUGCGAGACCCUAUUUUUGUUCUUUGAAAAGAGUUUUACAGUUUAGCUGGCUCAGCAAUUUAUAAUGGCACCAGAAAAUAUGUAGCUGUGUGAAAUUAAUUUUGAUUGAAUAGAGGCAUCACUCAUAUUUGGUUCAGAUUAAUACUCAUUAUAUUACACAAAGUUCCAUCUUGCUGUGAAUGGCACAAUGUAAAUAAAAAUUACAAAUUAAAAGACAAACUGAAUAAAACAGAACAUUGCACUGCAUUAUUUGAUUCAUCUUUAGUGAGAGAAUGCACAGGUAAACAUGUUUUCAAUCUGGAUAUGAUCAGGGCUACUGUUGAGACAUCUGGAAUCUGGUUCAAGCUGUAGCUAAGCACCGUCUAUCACUGACUAAA